AUGUCUAUGGAUGUGACGUUUCUUGGGACCGGUGCAGCAUAUCCAUCCCCUACUCGGGGUGCCUCUGCUGUGGUCUUUCGGUGUGAGGGUGAAUGCUGGCUCUUUGACUGUGGAGAGGGGACACAGACACAGCUUAUGAAAAGCCAACUGAAGGCAGGGAGAAUUACCAAGAUCUUCAUCACACAUCUUCAUGGGGACCAUUUCUUUGGCCUUCCCGGCCUCCUCUGCACAAUCAGCCUGCAGAGUGGCUCUGUGGUCACCAAACAGCCAAUUGAAAUCUAUGGCCCUGUAGGGCUUCGGGACUUUAUCUGGCGAACCAUGGAGCUCUCUCACACAGAGUUGGUGUUCCCUUAUGUGGUCCAUGAGUUGGUGCCCACAGAAGACCAGUGUCCUACAGAAGUACUAAAAGAAUCUUCACAUGUGGAUAAAGCAACAGAGAGCUCCACCUCUCCCAAAGAGGGACAAGGAAGAACUAUCCUAUUAGACUCAGAAGAAAACUCAUACCUUCUUGUUGAUGAUGAACAGUUUGUUGUAAAAGCAUUUCGCCUCUUUCACAGAAUUCCCUCCUUUGGAUUUUCAGUUGUAGAAAAGAAACGUCCAGGUAAACUCAAUGCACAGAAGUUGAAAGACCUUGGUGUUCCACCAGGUCCUGCCUAUGGGAAGCUGAAAAAUGGAAUCUCUGUUGUUUUGGAAAAUGGGGUUACAAUUUCUCCCCAAGAUGUCUUAAAAAAGCCUGUUGUUGGAAGAAAAAUAUGCAUAUUGGGUGACUGUUCUGGGGUUGUAGGAGAUGGAGGAGUGAAACUGUGCUUUGAAGCAGACCUGUUGAUCCACGAGGCAACUCUCGAUGACACCCAGAUGGACAAAGCAAAGGAGCACGGCCACAGCACACCUCAGAUGGCAGCAACAUUUGCAAAGUUGUGCCAGGCAAAGAGGCUGGUUCUGACUCACUUCAGUCAGAGGUACAAACCAGUUGCCUUGGCCAGAGAAGGAGAAACAGAUGGCAUUGCAGAACUGAAAAAGCAAGCAGAAUCGGUAUUAGAUCUCCAAGAAGUGACUCUAGCAGAAGAUUUUAUGGUGAUUGGCAUUCCAAUCAAGAAAUGAAACAGGUAUUCAUAUUGACAUGUCUGUGAAUGUUACUGAACCUACAGUCCAGAUUUUUUUUUUUCUUUUGUUUUUGGUCUGAAAUUAUUUUGGCCCUGAUAAUCCUAAAAAGGAUGGAGCUGCAUCAUUGAACUGACUCAUUAGUGAGAGGGAGCAAGCUUUUUGAUAAUAAAUCAUUUUUAAAAGAAGUAAAAACCACCCAGCAUCAUUCUUAAAAUGCAUAUUUGACAAAAAGAUAGAUUUUUCAGGUAUCUUCUCAUUUUAUGGCUACUGUCACAGAUGUAAACCAUACUCCAUGCAGUCCUGGGCUUAACUUCUACCCAGCUUUCUUGCUGUUAUUGGCAAAGUACACUGAACUCAGCCCUCUGGGCUAGAAAUGGUAUUUUGGCAAUUUGUAUUGAAUCUUUUCAUAUUAUUAACAGAAGAGAAAGAGCGAGUCACGAGACAUUGUACAUGCAAUAUUAACAAUAGCAUGCAAUGAUUUUCUGGAAUAUUGAAUUCAGGACUAGGCUAAGUGAUUAUGUUAGUGUUUUAUUGAACUUUUUGUUUUGCUCUUAGCCCACAAUUCUCAUCUGAGUACUGUCCGAGGAAUUUGGAAAUUGUGGGAAUGUUUUCUUGUCACAAUGACUGAGGGGUGGUAGUGGUAAUAUUACUGGUAUUUAAUCCGCAGGGGUCAGGAAUGCUAGAUGUCUGCAGAGUUUGGGUUAGUCCUAUAGAAUACAGAAUUAACUCACCCCAAAAUGCAAAUUGCAGACCUGUUGAAUUAUACAGCAAGUUAAAAUUUAUACUUCCAAUUUGAAUAUGCUUUACCAAAAUUAGUGACAUAUUGAGUUGGAUUACUAUGUAAGUUGAAUCCAACAACAGAUCCUGAAGGUUGAAGAGUAUGUCAGAAUUGGAAUGCUGUAUCAAAAAAUUUUUUGAAAGAACUGAGCCAUCAAGUGAAGCUUAUGAAUCUGGAGGUAAAAAGUCAUAUUUAUUACUGAGGUUUAAUUUACAUGUUCCCAUUAAUAAUUCUUUGAGCACAACCUUAAUAAAUGUUCUUUUAGAAUAGCUUUUCCUUAUGAGCUUAUGUUCUGUGGAAAAUUAAUACAGAAUGCUGAUUCAUUCAAAAGGGCUCCCUAAUCAAAUCAGUUUGGGGAAUGCUUUAUGAUAUAUGUCCCCUCUGGAACUGGGCUUGUGCCCAUCAACCUAUUAAAACAGUAUUGCUUGGAAUAAUUAUAAACCAGGUUUGGUGCCAGAAAGACCUGAUUUCAGAAUCCCAUUUUGUACUUUAUGUAGUACCUCUGUGUAGUCUGGAGCAGAUUAUUUAUUGUCUCUUAACUUUUUGAACUUGUUUAUCUCCAAAAUGUUGAUGGGGUGGAGGGCUUGCUUGAUAGGAUUGUUGUGAAGAUUAAGUGAGACAGUGCAGGUCAGGAGCAUAUUGGGUAAAGGUAUUGAGUCCUGCAGUAGAGGGCUGUCAAGUCUUUUUGAACCCUUUCUCAAUGCUGUCUAUUACAUCACAAGAACCUAGAGAGCUGUAUACCACAAACUUAGAAACAUUGUCAGAGUGUGUUCUCUUAAAAUUCUUUGUGUGUUCUCUUAAGUUUCUUUGGUCAAAAAUUUUGACUCCUGGAUGGUUGUGGAGACGGCACAGUAGUGGUGAUCAAGAGAGCUGUGCUUAAAUUCUCAGGCUUCUCUAGAAUGGCUGGAUUCUGUCUGACUAGACUUUUUGUCCCGAAAGUGCCCAGAUUUGAUUAGAUAAAGUAUGUCUUUGUUUCCAAACUCAUUUUAAGCAAGCAUUAAUUAGACACCCACUGUGUGCCCAAACCUGUACACAGGGAAUGGCUGUGACUAGUACCUCCAAUGCAUGGAGCCCUUAAGGGUAGAGACUAUGUCCUGGUCACCUCUACAUUCUUAGAAAUGCCUACCCACAGUAAGCACUCAGAAAUGUUUUCUGAAUGAAAAGAAACCUUGAUGUCUCAAGAGUGCUCACUUCAGAAUGUACUAAUGUGCCUAGGUCAUCUCAUUACUGUACUUGUCAGGAACUUAAACUGCCUGGUAGGCAGUGCCCCUUUCACUGAGUAGUGAACAAGUGCCAAGUUUUAUUGUGUUGGGUGUACAUAAAUGAGUACAAAAGAGACACAUUUAUGGCCCUGAGCUCAUAAUCUAAGGGUUGAUAAGUAAACAAAAGUAAAUAUCUGGUUCCUUUAGAUGUUCUCAUCUUGUAGCCUGGUACUUAGUUUUGCUGCUUCCGGGCUUUACUUGGUAGCUGACUUGAGCCAUGCUCUCAGACUCAGGCUUUAUAAAUAUAUGUGGACUGAGCCCUCCAAUGGCAAGGAAAGAAAUUGAGAUGUUGGGGCAGUAUCAGUCCAUGGUGAGAAUUUCUUUCUAGAUCCUCUUUUGGCCUUGAUUUGUUUUUAAUGCUAGGAGAGUUCUAAGAAUUUGUGGAGCUAGAAUUAAGAAUGAAGCUUAUGUUAGACUUCUCAGAACCUGUAAUCUACUCCUGGUGAUAUAUGACUAAGAGGAAAGGGGAGGGGUAAUUAUGUGCACUGUGCCUCCAAGCUUAUUUGAUCACUGAACCCUCUUUUAGCCAAGGAACAUCUUGGGAUAUUGAGAAAUACUAUUCCUUAUUACUUCUAAAAUGAUUAUGUAAGUUUUACCAGCUUAAUUUAUGGAAGUAAUGAUUUCCAUAUCUGUACUUGGUAUACUGCUUUCUUUGUCGUAAAUUGACUUUCAAUUGCCAGGAAUUCAUAGAUACCUGCCUAUUUUAGGUUAAAAAAAAAUGCACUUUCUAGUUCUCAGAAGUUGUUUAGACUUGUCCAAAUGGAACCUAAAUCAACUGUUGCUAAUACUCAUGCCUCAUUAAUGUGCUUUGAAUAACUUUGCAUCAUAAAAGCAGUGUUUGCUCCAUUAAGAAUUGUUUAUUAAGAUUCAAGAAAGGAAGGCAAUUAUUCAUAAUUCCAUUGCUCAGAGCUAGUGCUUUGGGUCCAGGGGUCUCAAACUGAGGUGUGAGUAGACAGAGAUCCUUAAGCUCUGCUUCCAAGGCCUAAGUCAAUAGUUUCCCUAUGGAACCUGAGAAUUUCUGUUUUUAGUAGGUCCCUCUGGCGAUUCUGAAGUAUGUGGGUAGUGGACCGGCCUAGGAGAAAAAAAAUUGUCUUAUUUCUAUGUCCUUAAGUUGGAGUGUGUAUCGAUAUUUUAUGCUUAUACAUAUGUUUGCAUAUGUAUGUAUAUUAUAUACAUGUAUACAUGCAUAUUUUUACAUAUAGGCUGACCUUUGUUUUUCUCAUGAGCAUUUUCCCAUAGUAUUAAGUAUUCUCUGAAAGCAUGAAUUUAGUAAUUUUAUAGAAUUACAUUCUACAGAUCUAGUAACAUUUAACUAUUUUUCUAUUAUGGUACAUAAAGAUUGUUUUCCAUGAUUAUAAAUAAUAAUACCAUGAAUGUUCUUAUGCAUAAAUCUUUGUAUUUCUGAGUAUUUCCUUCCUUGGAAUUGAUUUCUGUGAGUUCAAAACAUCUGGCUUAGGUUUUUAGGCCCUAAGAAUCACCUGCUUGUUUUCGUGCUCAUUCACACACCUGCUUUCCCUGCUUUGUUGAUAGAUCACAUGGCUUAUCAUUGACUAUCCCACGAAGAUUAUUUUUGCCCUCCUAGCACAAAUAACUUUGUUAUGUCUUUUAACUAGCACAUAUAAUUCAAUUGUGAUUUUCUUAAAUAUUCUUAAGCCAAUUCAAGAUUUGGUAGUUUUACUUUAAUAAAAGGAUAAAAAUCCUUAUUGCUUCAGGAACAUUCAUGAAAAAUGUACAGUGAUGGUACUUUUGUUCUCACAAAGAUAUAAAUUUAUAGUGAAUUACACUGGGUCUAUCUUUACUGAUUGAUGGAUUUUUCAGGUAAUGAAUGAGUUAGUGUUUUUAUUAACGUGAACAUGCUAAAAAGGAAGUGCUGAUCAUGGCUUUGAAUGUUACUUCUUGACAAGGUAAGAAUAGAUUUGGGGUGGGGUAGGGUAAUAGAGUGAAAUUUUUUUCUUCCCUCAUAGGAAGUAAUAGUGUUUAAAACUGAAAAACAAAUAGCACUUUAAGCAUAUUAUGUUUUAAAAAGCAAGGGGAAGGACUGGGAAUGUACUUUAGGAUGCACAAGACCCUGGGUUUGAUUCCCAGCACUUCCCCUGCUCCCCCUCCAAAAAAAAAAAAAAAAGGCAAGAGGAGGGGUAGAGAAUACCAGAUUACCAGAUGACUAGUUAAGAGAAAGUGGAGAAGGGCUUUUUUCUUUUUUCCUGGACCAAACUCAGGACCUUGCAAGGCAAGUGCUCCUCCACUGAGCUAAAUCCCUAACCCUUAAGAGGAAGGGCUUUUUAAAGGAAGGAAAGGCCAUGCACAGUG